UUUGUUUCAGUGCACACCCAAUUCUACAACUUCAACAUCCUAACUAGAGUCAUCCAGGGUGUACCGACUCAGAUAGAACGGUACCCCAUCCUUGCACAGCUGUUGCUUGAUGCAUGGGGCACUCAGGAGUUCGUGCAGCACUGCGCAGGAGUCAUUCUGACGUCACGCCAUGUGCUGUCAGCCGCGCACUGCUUCCAAAAUAACGAUCAUACUGGCAGAAAUUACACACACCCAAAAUACUGGAAGCUUCGUGUUGGCUCAUCAUACCGUUCUGGGGGUGGGGUACUCCAUAAUUUGAAGACCAUCAUACCCCAUCGUGGUUUCGACAAAUACUUCUAUACAAACGACAUAGCGAUCGUAGUGGUAUCCAAGCCUUUUGCAUUCAAUACAAAUGUUAAACAAGGCACGAUUAUCAAGCAAGGAGUCGAGAUUAAACCUGAUUCUCUUUGCACUUUGGUCGGAUGGGGGGUUUUAGAGGCACCUAAAUUACCACCGGCCGAAUGCAGCAAACAACUUAAAACUGCCAGUGAAAUGUCCGAAUGCCAGCCUGAUGGCCCACAGCCAGAUCAAUUACAACACACAAAUCUCUUCACAAUAGACCAGCACAUUUGUGCGAUGCGGUACAAUACAAUAGGCGCAGUCAUUCAAGACUCCAUGAUGUGCGCUGGACGAGUGGACACUGGAGGCCCUGAUGGCUGUUUCGGAGACUCCGGGGGCCCUUUACUAUACAAAGGCCUAGUCGCAGGCAUAGUGUCUUUCGGCUAUUCCUGUGGACACCGCUACUUUCCCGGUGUUUAUACGAAAGUCUCACAUUACACCAACUGGGUUUUAAAAACUGUUAGUAGUAAUAAAUAAUUAAGUUAUUUUUA